AUGACCAACCAGAGCAUUGUUACUGAGUUCUUACUCCUUGGAUUCUUUAAUAAUAGGGAGUUGCAGAUUUUGCACUUUGUGGUGUUUCUAGUGAUCUAUCUGGCAGCCCUGCUAGGAAAUCUCAUUAUCACUGUGGUAGCCCUUGACCGGCAUCUUCACACUCCCAUGUACUUCUUCCUAUUCAACUUAUCCUUUCUUGACCUCUGCUACAUCUCCACCACGGUCCCCAAGUCCAUGGCUAACUCCAUCACCAACAGCAGACUGAUCUCUUUGUCAGGUUGUGUUGCCCAAGUCUUUCUUGUUAUCACCUUGGCAGCUGCAGAACUGGCUUUUCUCACGGUGAUGGCAUAUGACCGCUAUGUUACAAUCUGCCUUUCUUUGCAUUAUAGGAUGAUCAUGAACAGAGAUGCCUGUGCCCUGAUGGCUGUUUGCUGUUGGCUCAUCAGUUUGUUGUACUCUGUGUUGCACACUGGGAAUCCUUUCAGGCUGCAUUUCUGCCAGUCCAAUAUUAUUGGCCAGUUCUUCUGUGAUAUCCCACAAUUACUGAAGAUCUCCUGCUCCAAUACACAGCCUAAUGAUAUUUUGAUGUUUGUCCUAGAGGCUGUUAUAGGACUAGGCUGCUUUGCUUCAGUAGUGAUAGCCUACUGCUGCAUCUUCUUGACUGUGCUGCAAAUCCCUCCCACCCAGGGGAAGUAUAAAACUUUCUCCACAUGCAUGCCACACCUCAUCGUGUUUUGUUUAUUCCUCGGCACUGCUGCAUUUACAUACACAAAACCAAGAUCUGUUUCCUCCUUGAUUAAGGAUCUACUGGCUGCUGUUCUUUAUUCUGUACUCCCCCCAGUCCUGAAUCCCAUUAUUUACAGCCUGAGAAACAAGGAGAUAAAGAAGGCUCUGAGCAAUUUAUUUGGCAGGACCAUUUUUUAA